CUGCGGGGCUGCUGCUCCUUCGGCCGGAGAGGCGUCCAGAGACGAAGGCGGCGCGGCCCAGGCCGGCGGCGGCGCUGCUGCUGCGAAAAUGGCGGUGCGGAAGAAGGACGGCGGCCCCAACGUCAAGUACUACGAGGCCUCCGACACUGUCAGCCAGUUCGACAGCGCGCGGGUCUGGCUGGGCAAGAACUACAAGAAGUACAUCCAAGCAGAACCACCUACCAAUAAGUCAUUGUCCAGCCUAGUGGUGCAGCUACUACAGUUCCAAGAGGAAGUUUUUGGAAAGCACGUCAGCAAUGCACCGCUCACAAAAUUACCGAUAAAAUGCUUCUUGGAUUUCAAAGCUGGUGGUGCCCUCUGUCACAUCCUUGCAGCAGCAUAUAAAUUCAAGAGUGACCAAGGAUGGCGGCGUUUCGAUUUCCAGAAUCCAUCACGGAUGGACCGCAAUGUGGAGAUGUUCAUGACAAUUGAAAAAUCUCUGGUGCAGAACAAUUGCCUCUCCAGGCCUAACAUCUAUUUGCACCAAGAUAUUGACCCUAAAUUGCAGGCCAAGCUGAAAGACAUCAUCAAACGACACCAGGGAACAGUAACUGACGAUAAGAAUAAUGCUUCCCAUAUUGUUUUCCCAGUUCCUGGUAGCCUGGAAGAAGAAGAGUGGGUCCGCCCUAUUAUGAAGAGAGACAAGCAGGUCCUUUUGCACUGGGGCUACUACCCAGACAGCUAUGACACCUGGAUCCCAGCAAGUGAAAUUGAAGCCCCUGUGGAGGAUGCCCCGACCCCAGAGAAGCCCCGUAAGGUUCAUGCUAAGUGGAUUCUGGAUACAGAUACUUUUAAUGAGUGGAUGAACGAAGAAGACUAUGAAGUCAAUGAUGAGAAGAGUCCUGUCUCACGCAGGAAGAAAAUAUCUGCCAAAACUCUCACUGAUGAGGUUAACAGCCCUGACUCAGACCGGCGGGACAAGAAAGGAGGGAACUAUAAGAAAAGAAAGCGUUCUCCCUCCCCUUCACCAACUCCAGAAGCUAAAAAGAAGAAUGCCAAGAAAGGGCCUUCUACUCCUUAUACCAAAUCCAAGCGUGGUUACCGUGAAGAGGAGCAAGAAGACCUCACUAAAGACAUGGAUGAGCCUUCUCCUGUCCCCAAUGUUGAAGAAGUGACACUACCAAAAACAGUGAAUACCAAGAAAGAUUCCGAAUCUGCUCCUGUGAAAGGUGGCACUAUGACUGAUUUGGAUGAACCGGAGGAUGAGAGCAUGGAGACUGUAGGCAAGGAUGAAGAGGAGAGCAAUGCUGGGAACAAAGGAGAGCAGACCAAAAACCCUGACUUGCAUGAAGACAAUGUGACUGAGCAGACCCAUCAUAUUAUCAUCCCAAGCUAUGCUGCCUGGUUUGAUUACAACAGUGUUCAUGCCAUUGAGCGGAGAGCCCUCCCAGAAUUUUUCAACGGCAAAAAUAAGUCAAAGACUCCAGAAAUCUAUUUGGCAUACCGUAAUUUUAUGAUUGACACGUACCGGCUCAAUCCACAGGAGUACCUCACCUCGACUGCCUGCCGUCGGAACCUGGCUGGGGAUGUCUGUGCCAUCAUGAGAGUGCAUGCCUUCUUGGAACAGUGGGGACUGAUCAAUUACCAAGUGGAUGCAGAGAGCCGUCCAACACCAAUGGGACCGCCACCAACAUCUCAUUUCCAUGUUUUGGCUGAUACACCUUCGGGAUUGGUACCUCUGCAACCCAAAACACCCCAGGGUCGUCAGACUGAUAGUGACACUAAGGCUGGACGGAAGAGCAAGGAGAUUGAAGACCUUGUCACAGAGACCGUGAAGGGGAAACCAGAAAUGCAAACCACAGCUUCACAGCAGAUGCUGAACUUCCCUGACAAGAGUAAGGAGAAACCACCUGAUAUGCAAAACUUUGGACUUCGUACUGACAUGUAUACGAAGAAAAAUGUUCCUUCCAAGAGCAAAGCUGCUGCCAGUGCUACCCGCGAGUGGACAGAGCAGGAAACCUUGUUGCUUUUAGAGGCCUUGGAGAUGUACAAGGAUGACUGGAACAAGGUUUCUGAGCACGUGGGCAGCCGCACGCAGGACGAGUGUAUUUUGCAUUUUCUCCGUCUUCCCAUUGAGGACCCUUACCUGGAAGACUCUGAAGCCUCCCUGGGGCCCCUCGCUUACCAACCUAUUCCUUUCAGCCAGUCGGGCAACCCAGUCAUGAGCACCGUGGCCUUCCUCGCCUCCGUCGUGGACCCUCGAGUGGCAUCGGCAGCAGCCAAGUCAGCCCUAGAGGAGUUUUCCAAGAUGAAGGAAGAGGUGCCCACAGCCUUGGUGGAAGCUCAUGUCCGCAAGGUGGAGGAAGCAGCCAAGGUGACAGGCAAGGCAGACCCAGCAUUUGGUCUGGAAAGCAGCGGCAUUGCAGGGACCACGUCUGACGAGCUGGAGAGAAUAGGUGAGGGGGGUGAGCGGGGUGCCUUCCGCACUUCCACCCGCGAAGCGCCCUCGUUGGACCUCGCCCAGUGUGCGGUGGGGACUAAGAAGGCUGCCGAGACGCAGGAGACCAGAGCCGGCCUGACUUCCGGCCUGGAGCUCACUCUCAAUCGCCUGGCACAGGAAGAAAGCUGUCCAGAUGAGAACCGGACAGAACCACCAGCUUCUGAGGAGAAGAAAGAGGUGAAGGAGCCAAGGGAAGGAGCCCUGGAGGAAGAAGUGAAGGAGAAGCUUGGGGAGGUGCCUAGGAAAGAGGAGGAUAAGAGCAAAGAGGUUGAUGGCGAGAAGGAAAUGGACAAGACAGAUGGGGACACGAUGGCUGAUGGAGAAAAGGAGAAAGAACCCAAGGAUGGGCAGGAAGAGGGACCCAAGGAUAUUACAGAGGCAGAGGGUGAACGGAAGACGAAGGUGGAGAGGGACAUUGGAGAAGGGAAUCUCUCCACUGCGGCUGCUGCUGCUUUGGCUGCUGCAGCUGUAAAAGCAAAGCAUUUGGCAGCAGUGGAAGAACGCAAGAUCAAGUCCCUGGUUGCCUUGUUGGUGGAAACGCAGAUGAAGAAGCUUGAGAUCAAGUUGAGGCACUUUGAAGAGCUGGAAACCAUCAUGGAUCGUGAACGUGAGGCACUGGAGUACCAGAGGCAGCAGCUCCUGGCUGACCGACAGGCCUUCCACAUGGAGCAGCUCAAGUAUGCCGAGAUGCGUGCUCGCCAGCAGCAUUUCCAGCAGAUGCAUCAGCAGCAGCAGCAACAGCAGCCCCCGUCUUCUCUUCCUGGGGCCUCACAGCCCCUCCCUUCUUCGGGGGCACCCCUGGCACCAGCCGCUCACUCCAUGCCUGUCUCCCAAACACCUGUGCCGGCCUCCAGCACUGCAGGGCAGCCCAGCAGUAUGGCUCAGACCGAACAGAUUGGACAGGCAGUUGCAAGCCAGGCACAGCAGACAGCGGCUGGAGCAGCACAGACUGGUGCAGGUCAGACCGGACAGUCUUCCACGGGUUCCCAUGCCCAGCCUCCGUUCCCCAACCAGCAGCCUCCAUCCCAGAUCCUCCCCGGGGCAGCCCCAGCAGCCGUUCACCCUGCCAUGGCUGGUAAUAUCCCCUCAGCCCUGCCUUUUGGAAUGCCUGCCUCCAUCCCAUUUAGCAUGGCUAGUAACGUAACAGACUCCAUCGGCAUUAACUUCCCUGCUAACAUGCCCAUCCAUCCAGUGCAUGGUAACCUUGCGUGCAGCAUGGCUAAUCCGCCCAUCAUCAACGUCUCUAGCACCCUGCACCCUCCGGCCGGGGCCCCGCUGCCUCCCGGCUCCGCAGCUGCCCAGAGCCCAGCUAUUGUGGCAGCCAUGCAGGGCAGCCUCCUUCCAAAUGCUGGUCUCGGAUCAGAUCAAGGACCAUCACUACAAUCAGAUCCAAUUGCUCCCAGCCCCAGCACGGCCACACCAGUCCCACCCACACAGUGAGAAGCUAUGAACUGCUCUUCGUGAUGUCUCCAGGUUGAGCCCUCGUCACUUUGGAAGGACAGAGAACCCCAAAUCGUGUUAAACAUGGAUUCUGUUUGGGUGGGUUUUUAAAAAGCUUCAAAACAGCAAUCUUAGGCAGAAGAGGAUUUCGCUCUUUUGACUCCCUUUCCCCGUGUGUCUCCACCCCAUUCCUUCUCCCCAAUGCUUUUUUUGUAUCCGGUCGUACCAAGACUUUUUAUUUAAAGGUGUUUCUAAUUGGGGAGGGAGGGGGGCAAGAACCUAUAUCAAAACAGCCACUGCUAUUUAUAGAGGGCUUUGAUUUUAAACCUGGUUGAAGCAGGAGUUUGACUCCUCCCCUCCUGUAUGUGUCUGUCUUGCUCUUUUUUUAAAACAAUAAAGAAAUAUUACAACAAA